ACGGAGCCACGGAGCCUCGGUGUGACAUAAUAAAUGCUUUGUGUGACACCAGCUCUGGACCGACGUGAGAGCACGGGACGAGCAUGCAUGUGGACUAUGGAAAUAUUGGGGGAGACCACUGCAAACCGGAGCACUUUGUCACGAAAGCCCCUGUUUGAAUCUCGGGGUGUCUGCUGCUAGCUAACCAGCUGUAAGUAACGUUAAAAGGCCACUGACGGAAGAAAGAGCGCCACACGAUGCUUUGUGUAAUCAUAACUCACGGACUGUACGGAGACAAGCCGAAUCGACUGGGAUAAACCGACGUGUAUAUGCAUACCCGGCCUGCUUGUGGAUGCAUUUAUAAUCGUGCCGACCAAAAGCAGCAGUACUUUCACAGCUGGGACAUCACUUUGAGAAUGGAUUGCAUUUGAUUUGGGAUGAGUAACCUCGAUUGCGCCCUGCGCAGACUGCUAUAUAUGUUGGAUUUACCGACUGGGAAUUGAAGCCGUGUUAUCCAUCUAUGCGCUCUUCAAAGCCACCAGACUUCAUUGACAAAAACUGUAAUUUUACCGCACAGAGCACGGGAGUUGCUGGUCUACUGCUGCCUCCAUCGGUUACUUUGUUUGUGUUAUUGUGCGACUUUGGGGUUUUAACGUAUUAAUACAUCUUAACGGACCGGACCGGACUGGAGCCCCGGGACAGGCAGCUGAGAUGAACCCGGUGAAUGCGACUUCUCUCUACGUGUCCGCGAGCCGAUCGGUGCUGCAGUGCGACCCCCGAGACCCCCGGGCCCUGGCGGAGCUCUGCAAGUUGCUGCCGUUUUUCCGCCAAUCUCUGUCCUGCUUGGUCUGUGGUAACCUGCUGCAGGACCCCAUCGCUCCCACCGACUCAUCAUGUCAGCACUACGUCUGUCGAGGCUGUAGAGGUCAGAGGAUGCAGCUGAAGCCGUCCUGUAGUUGGUGUAAGGACUAUUCCCGCUUUGAGGAAAACAGGCAGCUCUCCUUGCUUGUCCACUGUUACAGGAAGCUCUGUCUCUACAUCACCCAGUCGCCGCUCGCCCCGCACAUAGCCAGCGCCGCCAGUGACUCGCCGGACCUCCAGGCCAUCCUCAACGAGGGCCUCACGUUGGCUGAGAGCGAGCCAGAGACGGAGGACAUUUCAGAUUCACUCAGCCUGUCGCAGAAGGCCUCCACCUCCAAUGUGGUCCAGCCUGAUGAAGCUCCUCCUACGAAGGAGCUCAAGGUGGAGGAGCCGAGCCCCGUCAGUGUUAACGGGCUGCAUGAUUGUAACGGUCUGGUCAGUUCGGACUCUCUGCAACCCAUCACCAUAGAAACAGGUGGAGGUGUCGCAAAGCAGGAGAGCUUUUCGGAAGAGAUUCCUGUGUGUGUGAGCGUCACAGGGGGGCCGGUGCUCUGUGAAAUCAGCACUUUCGGGGAUGAGCUGAAACAUGGCGGGGGGCCAUUGUUGUUGAGUGUUGAGGAGGUGCUCAGGACUCUGGAGACAGACACUGAGCCUGAUCCCAUCCCCCAGCUGGACUGCCCCCCCUCUGUACCUCAGUCCAGCCUCAACAGACCUCACUGUCCAGCCGGCCCUGACUCCUCCCGCCUUAUCCCUUGCCUCCCCCGAGGAAACAGCCCUCGCCCCCUCCAACCUCACCCACAGCCCUCACUGCAGCCUCCCCCUCAACCCUCCAUAGUCAUCCCCCAUGUCCCCCCUCGGUACCAUCGCAAGCGCUCCCGCUCAGAAAGCGACAGCGAGAAGGUGCAGCCCCUCCCCAUCUCCAGCCUCUUACAAGGACCUCCCCUCGGUGCCAACAGCUCACCCCAUCACCCUUACCCCGGUGCCACCACCAAACAGGAGCCUAAGUUUCCUGCAAUCACGCCCCACCCGCACCUGGCCCCGGUGCCGAAUGGUGGUCCCCCGAAGGUGGGCAAGACUGUGCUCAUUACCAACAAGGUGCUGAAAAAGACAGUUGAGCACCACGGGGUCCCCAAGAAGGCUUACACCAAAGCCAGACAAGGGACCCCCAAGCCCCGUACACAACCCCGUGACAGAGUACCCCCACACCCCCAUGCUCACCCCUUGACACACCCACCCAGCCCCUCGAAGCCACUGUAUAAAAAGCCUGUGGAGAAGAAGGGCUGCAAGUGUGGCCGAGCCACACAGAACCCCUCGGUGUUGACCUGUAGGGGGCAGCGCUGCCCCUGCUACUCCAACCGCAAGGCGUGUCUGGACUGUAUCUGCCGCGGCUGCCAGAACUCCUACAUGGCCAACGGAGAGAAGAAGCUGGAAGCCUUUGCCGUGCCGGAGAAAGCUCUGGAACAGACUCGUCUCACGCUAGGCAUCAAUCUCACCAGUAUCACCGCAGCGGCGCUCCGUAGCCCGGCAACGAGCUCUCCCGGCAACACCCUUCUCAACGUCACCACAGCUACAGGGGCGCCCGUCACGGCCAGCUUCUUAUCGGGGGCGGGGCACGACAACAGAGGCUUUGAGGAUUCACUGGAGAUGCGGUUUGACUGCUGAGGUCUCGCCUCUCCUCUGGUCAGUCGUUACGCACAUUCCCCGCCCCGCCAGCUGGGCGUUAUCCAUCCGGGCGUGAACAAGGCAGCUACAGUGACGGGCGAUGGCGAGGGUCACCGGCUGAAGCUGAGGAGUCGUCCUCCAUCCAUCGGCCAAACCUGCACCGUGCUCGUGGUCUUGCGUACAGAUGCAGUGUGAAAGAGGAGGUGUAGUGUUACUGUGUGCGCAGAGAUGACCUUACAGUGGGGAGAGUUUAUUUUUAGUUUUCUUCUCUACUAUGGGUCACGUGUAGAGCAUGUUGUGUCGCUAAGUUGGGAGUGUCGACCGUGGUGUGUGUGUAUGUGUGUGUGUGUGUGUGUGUGCGAGCAUGUGAGUGUGUAUGUGUGAGGGGAAGGCUUUGGUUUGGAGAUUAAACUUAUUAGUAGGAACGGCGACAUCGUCAGAGACUGGUGUAAUUUAUAUAGAAAUAACUUUUUGUACGUGGAGGAAUCCGUUUCCAUUGAAGAAGACAUUUUAUGAUAUAUUUUAUAAGUUACAUUCACAACCGAUGGAAGACGGUGCAGGAGCAGACCUGCUUUCAACCAGAAUAUUUUCACACGGGUAAAAAGGUAGAUUGUGUUUUGUCUAUUCUGCUAGGCCACUAAAAUAAAAAGAGAGACUCUUGAAGAACAACCUGAACAUGACUGCUAUAAAGUUAAAUUGACAUUAAUACGUUUUUUGAUAUCUUUUCGCGUCAAGAACCAGGAUGUGAAUUUAACACCACCAGCCAAAUGUAAGUUUCAGUUUUGUCUGUUGAAUGUUUAUACUCUGUGAGUCACUGUCAGACACCCAAACAUUAUUCUAAAAUGUUGUUGUAUACUAAAAAACAUAUGAAACUGGUGAAAUGGUUAUUUUUGGAGUCAACCAACCAUUGUGGCUGGUGGAGGACAGGACCUCCCUGGUUUGCUGUUAGAUACGUCGGCGAUGCGAGUUAUCCUGUUUAAUCAUUUGUGUGUUCUUGUAUUAAGCACUUUUCCCAUGUUUCCACACUGGCCACAUCUUUAAAGCACCACAUCUGUGUUUGUGUUUAAAACUCUGGUUGAUCGCAGGCUCGGCACAUUGUUAUUCACAGGUGUUUGGUCUGGAAGCGACACACAUGCUGCUAAAUACCACAGAGGACACGAGAAGGACGGCACACCUGUUCCCCCCUCAUCUUUUAUUAAUUUCUUUUUCUUUUUAAUAAGUUGCGUUAAUAACAUUUGCAGUAUUUAUUGGACGUCUCCAAGCGUAGGUUGCCUGUCGAGCGUCGAUUCAGUCUGGACUGUUUCUGUCUCGGUUAAGUUGCCGUCUCCUGCUUAGUGUUUGUCUCCAAGUGCUUUUUUUGUUCUCCCUCGGGGCAUUUCAAUACCUGUAAUAUAACUGUAACAUAUUUCCACAGAAAAGAAAGAAAAUCAAAAACUUAAA